AUGGUGUGGUGGAACGCAGCGUGGCACAGGGUGGCGGACCCAUUCAGGCACCCCCUGGACGGCGUCCAGUCCCUGCUCAACCCAAUCGGCACUGUGGCAGACAAGCUGCGAGUGGGAUUGCUGAGACUAAAGCUAUCAGGAAUGGCCAUUGGGGAUAUCUUGACAGGCCCUGAGACAAGCAUCAUGGAAGCACUAAAGGAAGAGGGGUUCUCCGACUCGAUUAUUGGCAAAUUCUUCAGGCCAUUCCUGGGUGGCAUCUUCUUUGACAACGAACUUGGGACGUCCUCACGGCUGUUCAACUUCGUCAUGAAAAUGUUGUCUUCUGGCAGCAACACCCUACCUGCUAGGGGCAUAGGUGCCUUGUCUGAUAACCUUGCUGGGCAGCUGCCGCCCGAGUGCAUCAGAACAGGCUCCCACGUGACAGCAUGCUCAGGGGCAGCUGAUGGUGCCCUUCCGAGUGUUCAGUUGUCAUCUGGGGAAGUUGUCACUGCCAGGAUGGGGGUGGUUGUUGCAUCCGAAGGGCCUGUGGCUGGCAAGCUGCUGGGUGCUGUUCUUGAUGCUUCACCAUCAAAGGCGAGCCCGGGAGUCGGCACCUGCUGUUUGUACUUCAGGGCUCCAAGUCCACCCCCCAACACAGAAAACAUCUUGUACUUAAAUGGCGAAGGCACUGGCUUGGUGAACAAUUGCUGCUUCCCAUCCACUGUCUCCCCUGAGUAUGCCCCAAAAGGUGAGACCCUUGCUUCAGUUUCUGUGGUUGGGACGCAAGAUGAACUGAAGGAUGAAGAACUUGAAGCUGGCGUGCGGAGCCAACUGUCCACAUGGUUUGGGCCCAAGUAUGUCUCUACGUGGAAGCACAUCAGGACCUACAGAAUACCCUUUUGCCAGCCAAACCAGGCACCCCCAACAAACUUCUCUCGCCCAGUGAGUCUCGGCAGCGGACUGUAUGUUUGCGGAGAUCACAGAGACUCAGCCACAUUCGAUGGAGCACUGAAAUCUGGGCGGAGGGCGGCAGAGGCUCUGCUUGCCUCCAAGUAA